AUGGAUAACGACACAAUUUUAUUGCAAAAACUGGACAAAUGGAACAGUGACCUAGCCAGAGGACUGAUUCUCAACAAUGUAAUCCUAUCCCUGUACAUCGUUAUAGGUCUGCUAGGAAACUUUAUAGUGAUUCUGAUCUACGGCUUCAAGAUGAAAGGAAACAAAGAAGAACGAUAUUUCAUCCCAUUUCUUGCGAUAGCAGACCUUUGGGCCUCUCUGGUUUGUGCUUCAUUCGGAAUCGCAUAUAACAUGAUGCAGGCAAAGUUCAACAACAAUGAUUUGUGUAAAGCCGUAUGGUUUUUCGCGACUUUCACAACAUCUUUUUCAAUCUUUCUACUCUUUAUUAUCGCCGUGCAGCGUUAUCUUAAGAUCUGUAGACCUCUAGGAAAACAAAUGACAUUAAAAUGGAAGCGGUUUGCUAUGUGUUUGGGUAUAGUGAUUGCAUUUGUUCUAUCCACACCUAUGACUUAUUUCUAUGGCUUAGUGUCUUUCACAAACGAGAAAGAAGGGAUUGUCGGACAUAGAUGUAGUAGAUUAAAGUCUACAAACAAAGCAGGAUCACUGAUAUUUGGAGGGAUCAUUGUACUCAUCAUUAUAUCUUUGAUUGUUUGCCUUAUUUGGUUUUACACAAGGAUAGGGUACACAAUUAUCAUUCUUACUAUGUAUAACAAAAAAUCAAAAAAGCAGAACAUCAUCAGUAGCUCCGAGAAACCAAUCCAGAACUCCCAAUUACCAAAUCCCCCUAGCUUGGAACACCCAUGUAAAACAGAAACUGGAGUUCAUUCUGUCGAAACAGACAAUAACAAUUUGUCUUGUGUUGCGAAGUCCACCAUACCAACAGAACUAAACAACAGGGUAGGUUUGAAAGACAGCAAAGCAACUAGAGCAAAACCAAGCACGUUUAAAUCAAGUGCAAGGCGAGGGAAAGAGCAAACCAACAAGAGAAUUGUUCAUAAAUUUACUCUCAUGUUUAUGAUGAUCACAGUUAUUUUUCUUAUAUGUUACAUCCCGAAAGUGAUAAUAAUGUUGUUAGAAGCGGGAAACCCGAGGUUCUGGGAGGAGUUGUCAGAUUCGGGCAGAGCUGGUAUGCUAUUUGUGUAUAGAAUGUUUAUUAUUAAUAACAUCACAAAUCCAUUUAUUUACGCCUUCUUAGACACACAGUUUUCAAGAGAAAUAAGAAAAGUCUUAAAAGUUUGUAGAUGAAUCAAAGGGAUAUUUUGUUGAUUAGAUUAGCAAUAUUCAAUUCACCGAAUCAUUUUUUUUCACAACACAUUAUAAACAAUUUUUAUUAUUUUAUUCAAUUUGUUUUAGCAAUUUUUGAAUUGAUCUAAAUAAUGAUGAUACAGAAAGGGCUGGGAAAAGGUUUAGCUUGUGUUUAUUUAUAAAUCAUGGAGAACAAUUUUCUGCCUUUGCUUGAUUAAACUACCCAUUCAAUAUAUGUUUAAUAAGUGUAUUCACAGGCUAGUAAAUUAGAUUAUUUUAUUUACAAAACAAUUUACCUUGCAAAAUGAUGAAAAAAAUUACAUCAACGCUGAAUGUAAAAAUUACAAAGACAUCCAUAACAAAAGACUAUAUAUAUGGGAAAAAUGAUUCUGAAAACUUAUUGCUAUUAUGCAUCUGUAAGAUACUUAUAUUGGGAAGGUUAUACGUAUAUUUUAGUGUUUGAAACAUUUGUCAUCAUCUGUGGCUUCUCCUUCAUGUCCCUUCCCGCUUUUUUCUGUGGCUUCUCCUUCAUGUUCCUUCCUGCUUUUUCUUAGUAUUUUCAUUGACUGUACCUGCAUAUUAUGUUUAAAUACCUAAUGUAUAAAUCAAACAAUACUCUGGAAGAACAUGUUUGAAUUGCA